GCUCGCUCGGCGAAUCUUGUCCCCCGGAUGUGUGUACGUUAGAACUGGUAUAAAAGGUUCCUGAAAGGGCGGGAGCGGAGGCAGUUUUGAAUUGCGACGGGGUAAGAAGGAGAGAAGAGGCCCGUCUUCUGUGGCUUCCCAUCUACAAACCGCCUCCCUCCGUAACGACAAGCUCUUCUUCGUAAUGGCUGGGGGCAAAGCCGGGAAGGACUCUGGCAAGACCAAAACUAAGACGGUGUCUCGUUCGCAGAGAGCUGGCUUACAGUUCCCUGUUGGUCGCAUUCAUCGGCAUUUAAAGUCAAGGACUACAAGUCAUGGACGAGUUGGGGCUACAGCUGCUGUAUACAGUGCUGCAAUCCUGGAAUACCUUACAGCUGAGGUACUUGAGUUAGCAGGAAAUGCAUCCAAAGACUUGAAAGUGAAGCGAAUUACACCCCGUCACUUGCAGCUUGCAAUCCGAGGAGAUGAAGAACUUGAUUCUCUCAUCAAGGCAACAAUUGCUGGUGGAGGUGUAAUUCCACAUAUCCAUAAAUCUCUCAUUGGAAAGAAAGGGCAACAGAAAACGGUUUAAAGGAUGUCUGAAUUCCUUUUUUGGACUCUUAAGUGCUCGGUUGUCCAGUGUUGGUGGGUUUCCAGUGGACUACAUCUGUGAAACACAACUUUGCCUUUCUGUAGCCUUGAAGCUGAAGCUCAUUGAGUUUUCUAACAAACCAAAAUUCCUCAUUUGAAGUCUUAACCUUAUUUAAGUGUUACAUGGCUUCAGAGAAGCUGUUGUCUGUAGUGGUUCCUGACUGUUUUUAGGAAUGUUGGAUUUUAAUGAGAUUCAUUACUGUGUUGCUGAUUUUUUUAUGCUUCAAGUUCCUUUAUUCAAAUUUUUGCAGCUGUAAGCUAACAUUUAACUACAAGAGACUAUGUACACUAAGAAUCCAAGCUGUUGAACAGUAAUAAAGGAAUGUGAAGUACUCAGCCUUGUUGCUGCUGUCAAUCUCUUCUAGUUAAAAUAAAGGGUUUUAAUAAGCAGAAACUGAAAAACAUUUGUUUUCUUUUUUGUGCAGACAUUUAUGUGACUCCAGUGUAUGAUUAAAUAAGUGUGAUCAGUA